CUAAAACGUAGUCGGCUCCAAUGCUUCACUUUCCAAUCGCCCCUGCGACCAAUGGCGACAGUGGCAGCGGCAGCGGCAGCGUGUUACUCGCACUCCGUGGGUCUCAUCUUCUCCCAUCUCCCUUCUCCUCCUCCUCGGCUCUCGCCUUCGCCUUCUCGGCGGCCCUUACCGAAACCAGCGAGCGGCCGAAGGUUUGCCUCAUCAGCUCUGCUGGCUGGCGGCGCCGGCCUCGCCCUCGCGGCCUCCGCCCAAGCUCUCCCUUUCGGCCCCCCGGUGGCUCUCACUGUGCUGCAGGAGCCGGCGAACGCGCUCUCCCUGCCCACCUGGGCCAUACACGUGUCCAGCGUCAUCGAAUGGAUCACGGCCAUGGCGUUGAUUUGGGAAUAUGGGGAGAAAUCCAGUUUCCGAACUUGGAAAGGUCUUUCCUGGGGGAUGGUAAGAGAAAGGUCCCUCUUCUUGGUGGAGCAUUGUGUGCAUGCACGUGGCAUUUCUUUUAUAACUCAGAGUCUUUGGAGAUAUUGGUGGCUCUUCAGGCUGCACUAACGGUUAUUGGUAACAUAACUAUGUGCAUUGCUGCAUUUCGCAUAUUCAAAGCAUCUCAAGAAGCCUCCAAAAGUUCUUAGGUAUCCUUAAGAAGUUAUAACUUGAUUUCUCAUCUUCUACCAUGUCACCUUCAAGAUGACUGACUGAAAACAGCCCAAGUUUGUGCCCACGAGGCUGGGUGUCUGGUAUGUGUACGAAUCAUUUGACUGUGCUAGUGCAAGAUGCUGGAAAUCAAAUUAUGAGCAAGAGGAAAGGGAUCAAAACUCAUGGGGUGCAAGCUGCAUUUCCUUCAAGGGAAAAGCCAGUUUUGGAGUGCUUUGUAUGGCCUAUCUGUCAAUAUGAUUGACGUGGCUGUUUGAACAUCUUUUUGAGCCUGGUGAUCCUGUUGCUGCAUUUUUUUUGACCAAGAAUUAGACAUACACUUUCUGGUCGAAGUAUUUGGCAGUAAUGCACUUAUCAUAGUUUUCUACUAUUGACAUUGUUGAAUACUUGUUUUAUCAGUUCAAUGGCAAUUUGUCAUGUAGUAGUUUAAUUAUCUUGGUUGCUGUCCUGAUGCUGCUUUCUGUAUGACAUUGCUGCUCCAAAAUGAAUCUUUUGUAUCUAGGUUUUUUUCCCCC